AUGGGAGCCCCGGCGAAGAUACCAUCGGCUAAGAAGGACGCUCCGGCCUACAAGACUACGGCGCCGAUCUACGACGAGAAGGUAGCAGCCGAGGUCUACAACAGGGCGAUGGCCACUCAGGUGACGCUUACCCAGCGCGAACUACUCUCCCUCUCCGCCGAAGUCCGUUCGCAGGUCAGGGAAGCCACGUCGGCACGCCGAUCGCCUACCAAAGACGCCAGCAAUGUUCGGACCUUCUACCAAGAUGCCGAUCUACCCUACGCCAUCGACGAUCUCGAACCACCGACUCGACCGACCGUCUCCUCCUUCGUCAAUGUCCUGCACCAACCUGAAACACCUCCACCUGGCGCGAUCAUCAUCCCCGAUACGUACGAAACAUAUCUGAAGAGUCUACAGCCCGGUCAGGUUCCUCUGCCGUUGAUAGUUGCUAAAGAAUCUUCAGCCCUAAGGUCCAUUGUUCCCCUCGUCGAUCACCAACAGGAAGUCGAAUGCGUCAUCGAUCCGGGUUCACAAGUCAUCGCCAUGUCGGAAGGCAUUUGCAAUGAACUGGCGCUCAUCUACGACCCCGAAAUCGUCCUCAAUAUGCAGUCGGCGAAUGGCGAAAUCGACCGAUCCUUGGGCCUCGCACGCAACGUCCCAUUCCUCAUCGGCGAUAUCACCUUGUACCUCCAAGUCCACAUCAUUCGUAACCCAGCCUACGACGUUCUCCUCGGUCGGCCCUUCGACAUCCUCACCGAAAGUAUCGUCAAGAAUUAUUCAAACGAAGACCAGACGAUCACCAUCAGUGACCCAAACAUGGGACGACGAGCCACCAUUCCGACGAUUAGACGAGGACCCCCUCGAGUCCUUCACCGAAGACAAGCGGGUUUUUGCGACUCGAUGAAUUGA